AUGCCUUGUUAUUCACGCAAAGACUUCAUGAGAGAGUUCGUCUUUCCUGAUGAACCGGCACAAGACUUUGAACGUGCUGGCAUCGCGGCUCAGUAUGCAUCAGGCCACCCAAAGGAUUGGUCACAAACCGACGACAUCCUCGACUUCAGUGCUGAUCUGAGAGAAGACCCCGAGAAUAUAUACAGAAGUUACUACACUGAUCUCAGUUCCGACAGGAAGUUGUUGGCUAUCAGUACGGAUGCAGGGCGCAUUCUCAUAUACGACCUCGCAUCCCGAGAGCUGUGCGAGGUCCUUGAAGGGUCGGGAUCUGUGACAUUCCGGCCUUCUAACACCAACGAAGAAAGCGUUGCAGAUGUUGACCAAGGCAUGGGUAUAGGGACUCCGAGACCGGGUUAUACCCUCGUCAGCUCCAUUCCGCACGAGGCUCAUCGCCGCGCUCGUAGUACCAACCAGCUUAUUCUUUGGGAUCUGGAUCAAAAUGGCCGAAUACUCGACAAAGAAGAGCCCAUUGAUCCCACCGUACUCGCUACUAAAGCCAUCGAUGCAAUCGCCCCAGAUCUCGCCGCGAGUCACGAAUGGACUAGGGAGUUUAUCGAUGCGUCAACACUCCGUUCUGACUUUAUGAAAUCGCUCAAUCAGGCAGCCGCAGAUCAUCGCAGGCGUCAUAACACCAUCAUUGACAAUGCGACGCUUGGGAAUUUUGGGUCUGUAAGCUUCAGUGCUGAUGGUAAACUGCUAUUGUAUCAUUCAAAGAAUGAUUCUACCCAACAAGGUAUGCGUGAACCAGACGAUCUUCCAGUCGUUGCCAUCUACGAUUUGGAAGCAGGCAUUGAGACCCACCGCCUCACUGGACAUACGGAUGCCAUUAUGUGGUCGGCUAUCAGUCCGGACAAGGAAUACGUUGCUUCGGUAUCCUGGGAUGGCACAAUGCGCAUGUACUCUGCCUCCACUGGAGCCUUAAUGUGGGUCACAGAGAACUCUGGUGGACAGAGCUGGGCUGGCGCAUUCUCACCAGACUCGAAGCUCAUCGUGUGGAGUUCCAAAAACGGCCAUGCAGUCCAAGUGCACGUUGUAUCUGAUGGACAGAAGACGGCAGCUAUGCAAGAAAAGUUUUCCCACUGGUGCCGUAACCUCAAAUGGCAUCCAACAGAACCAAAGAUCGCGCUUUGCGUGGAUGAAGAUGCGUACAUCUGGGAUCCCUCCGACGGCCCCAACGGCAAGGUUCUUCAGCAUUUCAAAGUCAAAAGUGACAAGGGACUCACGCGCAUAUGGGGGAUCCAAGAUGUUCGGUGGAUGGACGAAGGUCGGCUUUUGGGACUCGAGACGAGCGACGGUUCAGUCCUUGUCUACAACACGCAUGAUAACGCGAAGGAACUGUUCCGUCGGCCUGCUGGUACUAUGGCCUGCUAUGUACAAGGCGGCCUUUACGGAAUCAUCAAAGACCAGCAAGAGCAUGAUGUUUACGCCAUUGUCUGCGGCGAUGAGAAGGUGCGCUUCUUUCGGACAAGUGUUCCAGCUUUUCCGUCGUGGUGGGAGAAGGAACCACCAUCAGCGGUGGUAGAAAAGAAAUCAUUCCCCGAGACGGGAAAGUAUGUCAAAAUCACCAAAAAUUCGAAAAAAGUACUAUCAUAG